GCUUGCGAUAAGUGGUGUCCCGCCAGGCCGUGCUACUCUUUCAACGCAAACUGCAGUUCCGCCCCAAGCUUAACCUGAUCCAGUCGAGGGUUUUUCCUACUGAGUACACAGCUCCCUUUUGCACACAACGAAUUCGUGACCCAACAAGCUUGAAAUUUCUCGAGCCGUUGGUAUUCUCAGGAUCACAAAGUUGACCAUAUACAAGUGAAGUGCGCCAGUUCAACAACAAUUUACUGCUGCUACUUUCAGCGCGCGCGCGCGUCAAUUGGCACUGAUUGAGCGAGCCACAUUACCUUGUCCAUCAAUCUACUUCCUAAAACAGGAACCCUGACCAAACCGCCUUCCCACCUUUCCGGUCUCCCCUACUCACGUCAAAUCUUUGUUAUUUAUUAUUAUUGUUUUUUUCUUCCUGCCUAUUUUUUCCACCUCUCUUUCGAGUAGGAAAAUUACCACAUCUCCUGCCACUUGGCUCGUUUUCGCACCUCAACGUUUGCUGCAUUUGAAUUUUUCCUCUGCAGGAACCGUCGGGUUUCGUUUGCUUUUACUUUGUCCGCCCACAACGGCACUGCAGCCUUGGACCGCCAGAAUAACAGCUUGAAUUGCCUCUUCUGGUCGAGCGGCUCGCACCAGGCUCAAUCAAGCAAGAACACUCGGACCACGCGUGCUUCUUCAAUCGCCGCCGCACAACGCCCAACCAGGUUCUGCGACAAGGCAACUCUCUCCGCCCCAAAAGCCAGAUCCAGUCUAGAGCGUCGGCACCAACCUCUCAAAAGAGCAACUCCACCAAUUUGCCUUUUUCGCGACCAACGCAUCGUGCCAGCCCGGCAACUCGAUUAAAAAACAAAACAAGAAAUUAAUUAAAGAACACAAAAAGCAUAAACAAAAACAAAAUGGCCGAGAUCACGGACCAGCACGACCAGACCUCACCCACCGAGCUUGAGGAUGCGCACUCGGUCGGCAACGGCAAUUCUGCUGCCCAAGAAAACCGAGGCAUUAAGCGCGCACGCCAAAGCGCCCCCGAUGAUGAUGACGACGACGACGAGAAGGGCGGCCGCGAACGCCGCAAGAUUGAAAUCAAGUUCAUCAAUGACAAGUCGCGUCGCCACAUCACCUUCUCCAAACGCAAGGCCGGUAUCAUGAAGAAGGCUUAUGAGCUAUCCGUCCUCACUGGCACCCAAGUUCUACUACUGGUUGUUUCCGAGACCGGUUUGGUCUACACCUUCACAACGCCCAAGCUCCAGCCACUGGUAACCAAGGCCGAGGGCAAGAACCUGAUCCAGGCAUGCCUAAAUGCGCCAGAACCUAGCGCUGGCAACGAGAAUGGUGUCGACGAUGGCCAAGUUGACUCGCCCGAGGAGCCGGCAUCCAACAUUCCCCCGCCACAAAGCCGCGCACCCGGCAUCCCAUCGCAGCACAACCCGCAUGGCAUGCCGCAAUACAACAUGCCAAAUGUAGGCAUGGACCCGUCAGCGAUGGCCUACCAAAGCUAUGUUCAGAGGGGAGGGCCGCAAUACGGUAUGCCACCUCAGUCGGGUAUGCCGCAACACAGCUCUCACCAGUCAUGAGUUGGAAUGCGCGUUGCUGCUUUCCGUCUACGAAAAUUUGCGUUGCGCCUCCGAAUACCGAUACCGAUACCCCACUCAUGCAUUUAUGAGACGUCACGUAGUCGAUUUCGCAUUCUCCGGGACAUCAUGGUAUUGAUGAUGGCUUCUUUGGUAAUAAAUUCAUACAGUUUCGUCGGCCUUUGGCGUUUAUUCAGUGGUGGCACUAUUCUUAGCAGUCCUAUGAACAAUACUCCUUUUUCACUGCCGCCACAACCCCCGGUAUAUACCAUUCAGCCACUCAGUUUUGACCACGCUACCACCCAUUCCUCUUCCGCGUCGGUCAGUGAAGGCUUUCCCCUAUACAUAUCAUUUUGGUGGCACCGAUGUUCCCGAUCUGGGUUCCCAUAAGGAGCUCUUGACUUUUUGGCAAAGACGACAGCAUCUUCUGCAGCUUCAACUUUUCCAUGUUGAGCGAUUGAAAAGCCUGCCAAAAUUUGGAAGCAGGGGUGGUGAACUCGGAAGGCAUUGAUCACAGAUCGGUUUAAUUGUUACCCAUUCUUCUUGGUUUAGGCGUCCGGCGGAGUGCAGGUUGCGGUGUUUUGAGAUUUUGUCGGACAACUCCUUUCCAAUUCUUCUUGCUCCUUAUGCUUCCUCAAACCUUUCUCCUUACACUACUUUGUUUGUUGGUUUCCCUUACGUGGAGGAUUAUGGGAACAUAUGGUGCAGAACUGCGGUGGUGCUAGUAACGAUAUACACAAGAAAUGAUUGGCAAUUGCAAUACUCUUCCUAAAUGGAUUGACUGCUUUAGAUAAGAGCGG